AUGGCGCCUUCUAUGCUGCGUUCAAUUCUCAGGUCGACGCCAUCGGCGGCACGUCGAUGGUCAAGACAUUACAGUGUGAAGGCAGAGGUCGCCUCGACCGCCCAGCCCAAAGACAUCGACCCUGCACAGCUAAAGAUCACCAAGACCAGCAAGCCUGGUGUGUUGGAGAAGCCCGAAAACCUCGUCUUUGGCAGAAAAUUCUCAGAUCAUAUGAUCACUUGCGAAUGGGAACAAACCAGUGGAUGGCAACAACCGCAGAUUGUCCCUUACCAGAAUCUUUCAAUGGACCCAGCGACAUGCGUUCUCCACUACGCGUUUACCUGCUUCGAGGGCAUGAAGGCCUACAAAGACAAGUCCGGCCAGGUGCGCCUGUUCCGCCCGGACAAGAACAUGGAGCGCUUCAACAGGUCGGCCGCGCGCAUCGCCCUGCCGAAUUUUAGCGCGCCCGCCCUCAUCGAUAUCAUCUCGCAGUACGUCAAGCUCGAGUCGCGCUUCAUCCCCGACCAACGUGGCUACUCGCUCUACCUGCGCCCGACCAUGAUUGGCACCCAAAAGACGGUCGGCAUUAAUCCCCCCGGCUCCGCGAUGCUCUUCGUCAUCGCGAGCCCCGUAGGUCCUUACUACCCGACCGGCUUCAAGGCCGUUUCGCUCGAGGCGACCGACUACGCCGUGCGCGCUUGGCCUGGCGGCGUCGGCGACAAGAAGCUCGGCGCAAACUACGCGCCCUGCAUCGUACCCCAGCGCGAGGCCAUGGCCAGGGGCUUCCAGCAGAACCUGUGGCUGUUUGGCGAGGAGGAGUACGUUACCGAGGUCGGCACCAUGAACAUGUUCGUCGCCAUUAAGAACAAGGAGACAGGCCAGAAGGAGCUUUUGACGGCGCCUUUGGACGGCACCAUCCUCCCGGGCGUGACGCGCGACUGCAUCCUGGCCCUGGCCCGCGAGAGGCUUGUGCCUGAGGGCUGGGCCAUCACGGAGCGCAAGUUCACCAUGAAGGAGCUGCACGAGGCCUCGACCGAGGGCAGGCUGAUUGAGGCUUUCGGUUCCGGCACCGCCGCCAUCGUCAGCCCCGUCCGCUCCAUUGCGUGGAAGGGCAAGCUUGUCAACUGUGGGCUUGCGGAUCACGAGGAGUCGGGAGAGAUCGCCCUGAGGAUGAAGGAAUGGAUGGAGAGCAUCCAGUACGGUGACGAGGAGCACGAGUGGAGUCAUGUGUGUUGA